AUGGCCAGCACCAAGAUCGUAACCGUGGUGGCAUACCCGUCGACGACCAAGGAUGGACAACCCGCCCGCUUUGACAUGGACUACUAUCUCAAGACGCACAUGGGCGAACUGAUCGAGCGCGACUGGCGGCCCUUUGGCAUGGGCAAGUGGACCGUCGAGUCGUUCCCGGCCGAGCUCUCGUUGACCGGCAAGGCGCCGCCGUACAUCGCCGCGGCGACCAUCGAGUGGGACAACAUCGACGACUUCAAGAACGCCCUGACAAAGGGGAGCGAGGCGUCGGCCAAGGACGUCUCCAACUAUACGAACGUGACGCCCGAGAUCAUCAUUGGGAAAGUCACGGGGUCGAGUGCGGCGUGA